ACCUAUAAAAGAGAACGCGUCGAUUUACAAUUUCAUAUCAAGAUCACUCUUAGCUACAAGUAUUUUAUAGCAAAUAAAGAGAAGAACAUACUUAGAAGGAACAUGGCAACAAAUGUGAUAUUAGCGAUUGUUUUGACAGUAUUUGUUUCAGCAACCAAAGCUGGCACUGGUUAUAUCGGUUGUUUCCAAGACAAUUCGACAAGGAUUUUAGAAGGUACAAUGACUUCAGGCAGUAUGACGGUCGAGAAAUGUGUACAAAGAUGUAGCAUGGAGAGAGAGAUGUUCGCAGGUGUUGAGUACAGCAACCAAUGUUUUUGUGGUUCACAAUUAAGACCAUACGCAAAAAGUCCUGAGUCAGAAUGUAGUUAUAAUUGUGGAGGAAAUUCUGGCCAGAAAUGCGGUGGAUUUUGGAGAAUUUCAUUAUAUAACACGCACAGAUAUCUUGGCUGUUAUGUAGACUCUAACUCCAGAAUUCUAAGUGAAAAAAAUACAAGCGACAACAAGAUGACGACGGAACUUUGUCUAGCAUUCUGCAAAGGUCAUGGACUCAAAUAUGCUCUAACUCAGUAUUCUUCGCAGUGUUUCUGUGGAAACAGUUUAGGAAAUGUACAGAAAGCACCCGACAGCGAAUGUAGCUAUGAUUGUAAAGGUGCUACAAGUGAGAAAUGUGGAGGGUUUUGGAGAGGGUCAUUAUACCUUGUUGUUUAAAUGUGCACCCAUACGAAAGAAAAAUGCGCGGUUGGAUACUAUACCUAUUGGCUGAAUUCUAGCUUUAAAUAUUUUCAUUUAUAUUACUUUUAUGUAAAAACAUAUUAUUGUUCGUAAAUGAAUAAAAUGUCUAUCAAAUAGAA